UAGCCAUCUGACAAUUAUCUUUUCAAUGGCACUCCUUGGUCAUUAACAUAUUUACAAAGCUUUCCUUCUCUGUUCAGUAGUGAGUUAACCUGUGAUUUUCCAGUAGAACAGAAUAACUCUUUCGAAGGCAGCAGCUUCACUGAUUGAUUCUACAUGACAUCAUCGGAGAAAUCUAAGGAGGGGUAGUUCAGAGGGAAGGGCUUCAUUUCUUUUCUUUCGGUUUCACUCCUUACUGACAAUGGUGAGUAGCUGCUUUUAUGUGGUUUCCUUUGACAAUAUUUUACAUUAUGGUUCAUUCUACAUUGCUAAUUUAAAGUCUGGUGUCAGUGAAAUGUGUAAUGUGAAAUGUGUUUUACUAUAACUGUCGCAGUGUUUUCCCACCAAGCUAUGAGACUUUUAAAUCAAAUGAAUCCUCCAUGGAAUAUAGUUUAGAGUUUUCCUUUCUAUAUUGUAUAUUGUCUGGGAGUUAGAAACCACAUUUUAUUUUACAACCCUGUUCUAAUGUGACCGUUAAACCUACCUUGUACCUUGUAUCAUUUCCAUUUGCAUCUGGAGGCUGAACGGAGGAUGAUGAGAGAAGAAGAGUUUCUGAUACAGGAAGACCAUUUCAGAAGGAAUGCUUUCUUGAUUAUCAGUGAAAUGGUGAAAAUGAGUCCAAAGCAUCUUUCAGUGUUAGUGGAUGAGAUUCUUCACAGCAUCUUCUUUUUGGGACACAUCAAGACUCCUCAAUAUUCCCCAAAAGAUAUUGUGAGUGAUGACAACAUGCUAAAUUUGUUGAAGGGCCGCUACCCUCAGCCUUUUAAACUUUUUUCCUCUGAACUACCCAAGCGGAGUCCAAUUUCAUGUGUGCUCGACAUGAUUGUCAAUCUGAUGGGACAAGAGAAUGAAGACACAAUAAUAGAAGAGCUGCAGAAGCUCAUCCGUCAACUGAAGGAGGAUGAAGCAAAAGAUCUGGUCUCCUCCACCAUCUGUGUCUCACAAAAAAACAAGGACCCAAAUUCAGACAGGUACUAUGGAGUCUCCAUGUCCACUUCUGGCAGGGAUCCUGGGCGAAUCAUGAUUGCUGCGUCCUGCCUUAGUGCCUGGGACAGUUACGUAGCUGGUGCAGUGAUGACCUACUAUCCAAAGAAGACACAAAAGCCAUAUUUUGAUGGAACCAUUAAACUUCCAGAGCAGGUCAGGUGUCAGGCGUUUAGCUUAAGUGAUCUAAGAGAAAUGCCUCCUUGCAGAUCAUGUGGGAAUUUGUUUGGUUUGACAACAAGUGAAAAUAGGGAGUGGCCCUAUGGCCACUGUGCCGAAGCUGAAAGUGUGAGCAACUUGCUUAAACAUGAGGCAGAAGUGAGAGAGCAAGCACAGCCAACAUCUAUAACAGCCACAGAUGAGAACAGGAAAAAGGCUAAAGAGAGUGUCUUGAAAGAGCUUACAAAUCUUCUGAAAAUGCAGAAAUUUACAUGGGAUAAACAUUUCUACACCCCACAAGUUUGAUCUUUGGGGAGUUCUUAUGGUUCAUUAUUAUAUAGUAACCAGAUUGAUCUCAAUGGUUUUGAUUCCUUAUCAGUAAAAACUUCUCUGUAACCCUCUAAUUAAAUCAAAGUUUUUUGUGAUUGUGAAAUUGAUGUGACGACCAGAGCUGUCAAUAAAUCGUGCUUUUAUCAUAACAAAUGAUUAAUGCUCCAGCUACCCACUCCUGUUACAUUAAACAUAUGAAUGCAUUCAUGGCAGAAUCACAAAGCCAGAUGUCUGAUAACUGUAAGAAAAAAGCAUGCAGAAAGAUGCAAAUGUUGAUGUAUUGAUCGUGUUAUUAACAAUAAAUAAUGGUGGGGUAAA